GCCGGGCGCAGGGAGCUGAGUGGACGGCUCGAGACGGCGGCGCGUGCAGCAGCUCCAGAAAGCAGCGAGUUGGCAGAGCAGGGCUGCAUUUCCAGCAGGAGCUGCGAGCACAGUGCUGGCUCACAACAAGAUGCUCAAGGUGUCAGCCGUACUGUGUGUGUGUGCAGCCGCUUGGUGCAGUCAGUCUCUCGCAGCUGCCGCGGCGGUGGCUGCAGCCGGGGGGCGGUCGGACGGCGGUAAUUUUCUGGAUGAUAAACAAUGGCUCACCACAAUCUCUCAGUAUGACAAGGAAGUCGGACAGUGGAACAAAUUCCGAGACGAUGAUUAUUUCCGCACUUGGAGUCCAGGAAAACCCUUCAAUCAGGCUUUAGAUCCAGCUAAGGAUCCAUGCUUAAAGAUGAAAUGUAGUCGCCAUAAAGUAUGCAUUGCUCAAGAUUCUCAGACUGCAGUCUGCAUUAGUCACCGGAGGCUUACACACAGGAUGAAAGAAGCAGGAGUAGACCAUAGGCAGUGGAGGGGUCCCAUAUUAUCCACCUGCAAGCAGUGCCCAGUGGUCUAUCCCAGCCCUGUUUGUGGUUCAGAUGGUCAUACCUACUCUUUUCAGUGCAAACUAGAAUAUCAGGCAUGUGUCUUAGGAAAACAGAUCUCAGUCAAAUGUGAAGGACAUUGCCCAUGUCCUUCAGAUAAGCCCACCAGUACAAGCAGAAAUGUUAAGAGAGCAUGCAGUGACCUGGAGUUCAGGGAAGUGGCAAACAGAUUGCGGGACUGGUUCAAGGCCCUUCAUGAAAGUGGAAGUCAAAACAAGAAGACAAAAACAUUGCUGAGGCCUGAGAGAAGCAGAUUUGAUACCAGCAUCUUGCCAAUUUGCAAGGACUCACUUGGCUGGAUGUUUAACAGACUUGAUACAAACUAUGACCUGCUAUUGGACCAGUCAGAGCUCAGAAGCAUUUACCUUGAUAAGAAUGAACAGUGUACCAAGGCAUUCUUCAAUUCUUGUGACACAUACAAGGACAGUUUAAUAUCUAAUAAUGAGUGGUGCUACUGCUUCCAGAGACAGCAAGACCCACCUUGCCAGACUGAGCUCAGCAAUAUUCAGAAGCGGCAAGGGGUAAAGAAGCUCCUAGGACAGUAUAUCCCCCUGUGUGAUGAAGAUGGUUACUACAAGCCAACACAAUGUCAUGGCAGUGUUGGACAGUGCUGGUGUGUUGACAGAUAUGGAAAUGAAGUCAUGGGAUCCAGAAUAAAUGGUAUUGCAGAUUGCGCUAUAGAUUUUGAGAUCUCCGGAGAUUUUGCUAGUGGAGAUUUUCAUGAAUGGACUGAUGAUGAUGAUGAUGAAGAUGAUAUUAUGAAUGAUGAAGAUGAAAUUGAAGAUGAUGACGAAGAUGAAGGGGAUGAUGAUGAUGGUGGUGAUGACCAUGAUGUAUACAUUUGAUUGAUGACAGUUGAAAUCAAUAAAUUCUACAUUUCUAAUAUUUACAAAAAUGAUAGCCUAUUUAAAAUUAUCGUCUUCCCCAAUAACAAAAUGAUUCUAAACCUCACAUAUAUUUUGUAUAAUUAUUUGAAAAAUUGCAGCUAAAGUUAUAGAACUUUAUGUUUAAAUAAGAAUCAUUUGCUUUGAGUUUUUAUAUUCCUUACACAAAAAGAAAAUACAUAUGCAGUCUAGUCAGACAAAAUAAAGUUUUGAAGUGCUACUAUGAUAAAUUUUUCACGAGAACAAACUUUGUAAAUCUUCCAUAAGCAAAAUGACAGCUAGUGCUUGGGAUCGUACAUGUUAAUUUUUUGAAAGGUAAUUCUAAGUGAAAUUUAAAAUAAAUAAAUUUUUAAUGACCUGGGUCCUAAGGAUUUAGGAAAAAUAUGCAUGCUUUAAUUGCAUUUCCAAAGUAGCAUCUUGCUAGACCUAGAUGAGUCAGGAUAACAGAGAGAUACCACAUGGCAAGAAAAACAAAGUGACAAUUGUAGAGUCCUCAAUUGUGUUUACAUUAAUAGUGGUGUUUUUACCUAUGAAAUUAUUCUGGAUCUAAUAGGACAUUUUACAAAAUGGCAAGUAUGGAAAACCAUGGAUUCUGAAAGUUAAAAAUUUAGUUGUUCUCCCCAGUGUGUAUUUUAAUUUGGAUGGCAGUCUCAAGCAGAUUUUUUAAAAGAUUCUUUAAUAACAUGAUUUGUUUGCCUUUCUAGAUUUCUUUAUCUUUCUGACCAGCAACUUAGGGAGCAGAAUUUAAAUUAGGAAGACAAAGGGAAAGAUUCAUUUAAACCAUAUUUUUACAAAGUUUGUCAUUUGCCCCAAGGUCAAAUUUUAAAUUCUUAAUUUUCAUUUUAUUUCCCAUUUUAGGUAAAAGUUUGCAUUUAAUCUUAGAAUUAUGUUAUUUUUGUUAGUAGUGUGGAAACUUAGAGAACGUAUUGUAUGGUGCCUUGCAAAAAUAGAGAUAGAAAGAUUUUAGCAUGCAUACCAAUAUAGUAUAUUACGCAAUAUAUAAGCACACCUAAUUAACAGAUUAAUAUCAGUAAAGGUAUUGCUGCUGGAAUGAAGAAAAUGGGAUACGUUUCUUUCUUUUUUUCUAUUGUUACAUAAUUGCCGUGUGGACUUGUUUAUGAUUAUUGUGUAGAGUAGCAUUUAAGAUUUAACUGUAGCAAAAAUUACUUUAACCGCUGUAUUUAAGUUAGCAUGUUAAUUAAUUGUGUAGACAUUUUGGCACACCAUCACUUUUAACUAUAUCAUACCAAUGGUUUUGUGCCCAUAAUAAAAAUGGAAAAACCUGUUGAAUGUUACGUAUUGGUAUCUUUAAUUUCAACAGUGGGUAAACUGGUUUCCCAGUAUACAAUUCAUUGAAAGCAAAAUUGAUUAAUUAUUUCCAUUUAAUUUAUACACACUCAAUACAAAAUUUAAUGUUGACUUUAUGUAAUAAAGUAUAAUGCAUUUUCUUUUUUACUGUUUAUGUAUAGUUUACAAAAUAAAGAAUCUUGUAACCAAAUUGAACUGUUCCUCAAUGGUCUUUCCAGAGUACACAUAGUAGCAUGAAGCCUUCUCAAUCGAGUCCUUGAUUUUUAAAAUGAAUGCAUCACAAACUAGCUAGGGGAGUUCCCUGAAAUUUUAGAAUUACAAAAUUAGCGCUCUUGGAAUCUUGAAUAUUAUUUGUCAAUGUACGUUAAAAAAAAUUUUGUUGGUGAUGGUUUAUUUUGAUUCAUUUGUCAAUGUACGUUAAAAAAAUUUUGUUGGUGGUGGUUUAUUUUGUUUCAUUUGUCAUAAUAUUGUAAAAUGGAUCAUAUUUUUGUCAAGGCUGUAUUUUAAAACCCAUUUUUAUGGUGUCAUACUUAACAUAUUUGGCUAAAUUUCUAUAGCAACAGCAUUUUGAAGAGUAGUCAGAUAGCCUUGUCUAUUUAACAAAUGUAUAUAAAUAUAACUGAUUGGGAAGAGACAAAAACAAAUUCUAUACAGAGGUUUAGCAAAUGAAUUUAAAGUAACAAAUAUAGUAAUGUUGAAGUUAGGCUUUUUUAAAGAAGUUUCUCUGAGACUCCCAAGAAAGCAAUUAAAUCAACAGCAAAUAGAAAAUAAAAAUAGAUUACACUAUAAAACUUUAUGUAAAUUAUUUGUAUACAAUAUAUAUUUGUGUGUGUGUGUGUGUGUAUAAAAAUUCUACUUGUAAUGUAUAUUAGGUCUUUUCAUGAUCAUUUAAUUCAUUUUAAAUAUUUUGACACAAUACAAUUAUACCUAUACAUUUAUCCCCCAAAAUAUAAAUAUUGGACAGCUACUGUAAAUCAAACAGUAUUCUAGACACUAGGUAUUCAUUAAUGAACAAAAUAAUUAUGAAGUGUAAAGACAAGCAAUACAUUAUUCCUAUCCCAUAAUACAAUAUAGUUAUAAUCUCCAUUGGAAUAAAUCAAAGAAAGAUAUUUACUAGAUUUAAUUUGAAUAAAAAUGAGGUAUGUUGAACCCCCAAUGAGAGUCCUUGAUAGAAACCCAAAAUCUUAAUAUUUUAAUUAAAAAGAAUCCAAGUAUCUCAACAGUUUGUUCUUUCUUAAAUUGAAAUCUGAUUCAUAGGUAUAAAGUCAUACAAUACAGUCUAUAAUAGUGUCUUAUUUUUCUAAUCUGUGUUAUUUAGAAAGCACACAUGCAACUCGAAAAUUACAAGACAUUCGGAAUCACAGCAAAUUAAAAAUGGAAACAUUAGAGAAAAUGAGUAGAAGAAACAUACAAAUAAAAUAGCAAGUGUUCCUUUUAUGCCAAAAUCUAGUAUGGAAAUUAAUGAUGCUUUAUUUUUGUACAUAUAGGGGAUGGUAAUUCUGCCUAAUACUAUUGGGGAAAAAAAGCUAAGUUUAAAAUAAACAUGAAACAUUUGAAUAUUGAUCAAAAUGAUCAAUAAUUCAAACUCUGUAUUUCUGCCAAUCAUUUAAUAGAAAAAAUCUAUCAAACCAAAAUAUCAAAAUUAUUAGCAAAAAUUUUCUAAUUAAUAAAACAGCUUCUAAGAGUACUUUAUUCUCUGUAUACAUUUUUACAGUAUUUUUAUUUUACAUGAAACUAAUGAUGUGAAAAGUAACUCAUAAGCAUUGAUCCUUAUAGGCUAGUGACAGUUUAUUUAGAGCAUAUUUACAGAAUUGCAUGAAUAAAUACACAUUUUGUAACAAACAAUUUGAUGAUUUGUUUUAUAUAAAAUUAAUGAAGCAUUGGUGUUGGCUAUAUGCAAUAGAUUAUUAAGGGCUCCAUACACAGUCUAUUUUUAGAGAUUCCUAAUAGCUGGGGGGAAAGUGGAGAAUGAGCCACACUGAAUACAGCCAUCAUAAGUAAUGUGCUUGUUCUGCCUGACACAAGUGUGCACAUAUGCACACACAAACACAUGUGUGCACACACGAUUAGUCCAGUGUUUUCUUUAAAUUUGAAAUAUUCAGUACAUUGAUUCACAUUUAUUUCUCUUUUGUUCAUGAUGAAUAAAAAGUACUAGACCAUAUCAUACAUUGCUCAGGUGAAGUAAGAAAAUUUAAAAAUCUAGAAUAUUUAAAGUGGCAUGAAGGUAUAAAUAAAUGAUCAUAUGAGUUCCUUGUAGCUUAUUCUAUUUGACAUUAUUUUAAACCUAAUAGCUGAUAUUAAGGUUAACAUAAUGAAAGGUGACAUUUUCAUUCUUUCUAGUACACAUUUUUAUAGAAAAUGGUAUCAACUGUUUAAUUCUGUGUUGUAAAAGUAUUUCAUGAAUUAUAACUUGGCUUCAUGAAACUUUUAUUAAUUAUUAAGUCAAUGAACACUUCAAAGAGAACAUCUUAAGCUUUCGUUGUAUACAAUAUAUAUGUCAUCCCUCCUGGGGCAAGACAAAUCAGAAUAGCCCUUUUGAAUAGGAAUUAUUUUCUCUCCUCAAUUGUGUAUGAAUAUCUGCUGUCACUGUUCUACUUAAUAUCUUUACCUAAUUUCUAUGUCUCAGUUAAAAGCUCAGCAAGUAAAAUUAAGAUAAAUGAAUUUAUGGUUCAACAUGAUUUAAAAUGGCAAAGUAAGCCCUUGUAGGUGGAAAGAUUUUUAAAAAUUGCAACAACCAAUAAACACCAUCACAUCCAUAUUCAACUCUUUCGAAGAUAUCCUUGGGGAAUACAAUUUUAAUAUAUUUUAAUAAUCAAAUAUCCCAUUCAUUCUUAAGUAUACAAAUACAUAUAUUGCUAGGUUUGGAGUCCAUAUGCCUUAUAUUUUUCAUCUGUCAAAUGUAGCUUAACGUAUAUAUCCUGGAGAAUUUAUGUGCAGGUUACAUGCAACACAAAUUUAAAGCAGGAGCAUGGUGUUUAUCCUGUAGUAAAUAUCCACUACAUGCUAACUUUUUUUUAGAUUUUUAAAAUAGGUUAACAACAGCGGUAUUAUUGAAGUUUUCAAGAUGAGCUGUCAGAAUUAUCUUCUCUUUUUACAGCUUUAUUCACAUUAAUUCAUACAAAUGAUCCAGUCGAUAGUACUCUCAUAUACUAAAUAGACAUAAUAAAUCGUGCUCACAUCAUACAGUCAGUGUAAGGAUGAAAUGAGUUAAUACAUGGUGUCCGGAACAUAGUAAAUACCAAAUAAAUGUCAUUAUUUUUGUUACUUAUAGAAGCUUAUGAGGCAUAGAAAAAGUCAUAUGAAGAAAUGAAAAAAUAAACUUCAAACCUAAGUAUCUUAACUAGUUGGCUUCCCUAAGUAAUUAUUCAUUUUAGAAUAGGUACAUUUCAAGAGAAACAUGAACUAGGGUUUAUGUCAACUUAAUAUAUGUACCACACAUGAAAUGUCAUAUACAUUAAAUUCAUGCAAUCGGCUAAGAUUUGGAUGUUAUUUUUUCUUACAUUGGAGAUAAAGUAUCCUAGAAAUCACUAAUACUCAUCAUUCCUGGUUCUUCUCUCCUUUCUGGACACAUGUGAUAUCUUCCUUUUUUCUUCACAGUAAAUUUGAGGCCAUGCAACUAGUUCUGGCCAAUUGACUGUGAGUUGAAGUCACAUGUAUGGUUCUUGACAGGGCAGGUGUCACAGCCAUCAGUUUAUAGGCAGUUGGGAUGGAACAGUGACAGUGCCGUAUCUUUACCCGUGUCUCUCAGUUCCACUAGUUAUUUAACCAUGUCAUGCUACUUCCACAUUUAAAUUUGCAACAACUGUCCAAAACUGAUGUCUUCUUCUUAAACAACAUGUAACAUGUUUUGAAGCCAUCUCAAAUCGUUGUAAAGUGAAGUAGAGCAUAAACAAGUUAAUUCUGCUGUUUAAUGAAAUGUAUUUGUAUAGCAGUCCAGGAAAUGCAACUGCUGGAGUCAAAUCUCUGAGCUCAAUCUGAUAGUGCUUUGCGACAUUGGGCAAAUAAUGAACUUUGCUGUAACUGGUUUUCUUCAUUUGUAAAGUAAUAGUAGUGUUAGGAUUUAAUUCAUAAGGCUAUAAUAGUGCUUCAGUGGAAAUUCUAGUAAUAGACAUAGCUCAAAAAAUUUAGCUGCAAUAAAUAAAAAAAAAAAAAGACAGUAAGUAUAGUGGUAAAAGCCACGGACAGUGUAGUCUACCAGGUCUGAAUCCUGGCUCUGGCAUUCAUGGACUGCAUGACUUUAGGCAAGUUACUUGACAUCUCCAUGGCUUAGUUUUCUCAUCAGUGAAAUAGGUAUGAGAUUAAUUCUCACCUUAGCACAUGUGGCAGAGGAUUACAAAUUUUAAUACUUAUGAAAGCACUUAAAACAAUGCCUAGCCACAUAGUCAGCACUGAAUAAUAGUUAUUAUUAAGAAGAGGGAAAUGAAGAAAAGUAAAAUCAAGAAACCAGCCACUAUUUUAGAUCUAUCAUAUUUUUAAGAUGGGAAUAUAGAAAUUGUUAUUCCCAUUUUCUCUGUUAGGAAACAGCUAGUCCAGAGAAAUAAGGUGAUCUCCAAAGGUCACCAGGGAUAUCAAUGUAGAAACUAAAGCACAAACUUAAGAAACAUCAUCAGCUCAAUGCAGUCCAAUAUCAACUUGCUCUUGAGCUCUCAUAAAUGUUCUCUCUUAAAAUGUAAUUCCUAUUUAAAGGCUAACCUUUUCAAAACAUCGAUUAUCCACAAUGUCUUAUCCAAAAGAGUGGUUAUUUAUAGAAAAUUCUUAAUGUAAUUUCACUGUAAUUCUUUUUUUUUUUUUUUUUUUUUUUUUUUGAGGUGGAGUUUCAGUCUUGUUGCCCAGGCUGGAGUGCAGUGGUGCCAUCUCGGCUCACUGCAACCUCCACCUCCCGGGUUCAAGUGAUUCUCCUGCUUCAGCCUCCCCAGUAGCUGGGAUUACAGGCGCCUGUCACCACUCCUGGCUAAUUUUUUGUAUGUUUAGUAGAGACGGGGUUUCACCAUGUUGGCCAGGCUGGUCUUGAACUCCUAACCUCAAGUGAUCCACUGUCUCGGCCUCCCAAAGUGCUGGAAUUACAGGCGUGAGCCACCGUGCCUGGCCAUAAUUAUAAUUUUUAAUGUGUCUUUUUAAUUGGUAUGUUAAAUAGUGCUAAGUUUCAAUAUUCUUUUUAGCCCCAUGGGGGUAAGAUGUAGAAGUACUGGAGUGGAAAUAAAGACAAUAAUUACAGACUAUAAAUCUGUUUUAGAGCUUACCAGAGGUUGCAUUAAAGUGUAAUUUAGAACUUACUAGAUUUAAAAGAAAAAACAUAAUUUUUUUAAAAAAGCAUUCUUGUAAUUUAAAAACAAUUUAUUAUUUUGGGGGGAUGAAAAAAUAGAGGUGGAACUAUUAGGAGUAUGGACAAAACAAUUUCACAUUCUCAAAUAGUUCUAAGGAGUAUAAAUAAAUAUGUGACAAAUCAUGUCACAUUUGUAAAAAAUUUAAGAACUUUUAUUUUCUCAUAUAAGUAAAUAUUAGUAUGACAAUAGACCAUUAUUGGUAAACUACUUCUCAGUUUAUUUUAGCCAGGUACAAUAUUUCUUGCUAUGAAAUGUAAAUAUUAAACAUUUCUCUCUUUUAGGAUAAUGUGUUUCCGGUGCUCAUCAUUUUCACUCCAAACAAUCAAUGCCUUUUCACAACUAAUUUGAUCGUCUGGAGAAAUAUAGCUAAAAGAUAAAGGGAAAAUGCCCUUUACUGUAAGACAUGUUUGUGGAAAAAUUAACCAAAAGAAGCCUCUAAUUUGGACCUUACUUUCUUCUUAUAAAAUUAAACGAUAGCAAAAUAGAUUGUGUAUAUGUUACGUUUGGCAAAAGAAAAAAAAUGAAUGAUUUUGUACAAGGUUGGUUCAGUUGGUCACGUGAAUCUCGGACUAUUGAGACUCUUUAUUUGAUUGAUUAAUGUGUAUUUGGUGUCAACCUCAUAAUUACAAGAGCAAUGGGUGACUAUGUCAAUCUUAGUUUAUUUUCUAAAAUUUGAGGUAAUUUGAAUAAAUUUUUGUUUUCAUGUGAGUCAUCUGGGUAUUAUUUUUUAUUGGGUAUACCUAGAAGGAUUAUUAUUUGAAGUAAAACUGCAUGCUGACAAUUUAUAGUGAGGAGAAACAGAAGUCAAUUAAUAAGUAUAGGUAAGUUACAUUACAUUAUAUUUUACGUUAAUUACCACAUACACUUGGCAUUUAAUACACUUGAAGUGUUCCAGGGCCACAAAUGCAUUUUUAACUUGAAUCACUCCUACUCUAGGCAAGUGAGAAUAAACUGCUUUCUUGGUGCUAUGCUUUAAACAUGGUCUGUUUGGCUCUGUCAAGUCUCAUGUCGAAAUUUGAUCUCCAGUGUUGGUGGUGGGGGAUGCUUGGGGGUGUUUGGGUCAUGGGGGUGGAUCCCUCAUCAAUGACUUGGUGAGAUUCUUGUAGGAGCGACAAGAAGUGGUUGUUGAAAAAAGUCUGGCACCUCCUUCCCUCUCUCUUGUUUCUUCCCUGCCGUGUGAUUUCGGCCCGCACUUCUUUCCUUCCCUCUCCACCAUGAGUAGAAGCAAUCUGACUUUCUCACCAGGAGAUGCUGGCACCAUGUUUCUUGUACAGCCUGCAGAAUGUGAGCCAGAUAAACCUCUUUCCUUUAUAAAUUACUCACCCUCACCCUUUAUAACAGCACAUACUGACUACGACACUUGGCUGGUAAGGAAACCUAGCCGUUCACCCAGCAUCCAAUUUCAACAUGGCUUUACAAGACCUAUCUCUUCCCUUUUUGCUAGUGGCAAACUCUUAUUUGUGUUUUAAUCCCCCGCCGCCCCGCCUUUUUUUUCUUUUUUGAGACCGAGUCUCACUCUGUCGCCAGGCUACAGUGCAGUGGCUCAAUCUCAGCUCACUGCAACUCCACCUCCCCAGGUUCAAGCGAGUCUCCUGCCCCAGCCUCCGGAGUAGCUCGGAUUACAGGCACGCGUCACCACGCCAAGCUAAUUUUCGUAUUUUUAGUAAAGACAGGAUUACACCAGUUUCGCCAGGAUGAUCUCGAUCUCCUGACCUCGUGAUCUGCCCGCCUUGGCCUCCCAAAGUGCUGAGAUUACAGGCGUGAGCCACCGUGUCAGGCCUAAUACCUUUUUUUUUUUUUUUGGAUGGGGGGGAAAUUGCAGUAUAGUUUGAAGUCGGGCGUCAUCAUGCUUCCAGCUUUGUUCUUUUUGCUUAGGAUUGUCGUGGCUGUAUGGGCUCUUUUUGGGUUCCAUGUGAAUUUUAAAGUGGUUUUUCUAAUUCUGUAAAGAAUAUCAAUGGUAAUUUAAUGGCAAUAGCAUUGAAUCUAUAAAUUACUUUGGAUGGUAUGGCCAUUUUCACAAUAUUGAUUCUUCCUAUCUAUGAGCAUGGACUGUUUUUUCAUUUGUUUGUGUCCUCUCUGAUUUCUUUGAGCAGUGGUUUGUAGUUCUCUAAAAGGAGAACUUCAUUUCCCUUUUUAGCUGUAUUUAUGGGUACUUUAUUCUCUUUGUAGCAAUUGUGAAUAGGAGUUCAUUCAUGAUUUGGCUCUCUGCUUGUCUAUUGUUGGAGUAUAGGAAUGUUUUUGAUUUCUGCACAUUGAUUUUGUAUCCUAAGACUUUGCUGAUGUUGCUUAUCAAUUUAAGGAAAUUCUGGACCAACAAACAUGAAAAAACAGUUCAACAUCACUGAUCACUAGAGAAAUGCAAAUCAAGAUCUCAAUGAGAUUCCAUCUCAUGCCAGUCAGAAUGAUGAUUAUUAAGAAGUUAAGAAACAACAGAUGUUGGUGAGGUUGCAGAGAAAUAGGAACACUUUUACACUAUUGGUGGGAAUGUAAGUUAGUUCUACCAUUGUGGAAGACAGUGUGGCAAUUCCUCAAAGACCUAGAACCAGACAUACCAUUUGACCCAGCAAUCCUAUUACUGAGCAUAUAUCCAAAGAAAUAUAAAUUAUUCUAUUGUAAAGACAUAUGCACAUAUAUGUUCAUUGCAGCACUAUUCCCAAUAAUAAAGACAUGGAAUCAAUCAAAACACGCAUCAGUGAUAGACUAGAUAACGAAAAUGUGGUAAAUAUACACCAUGGCAUACUAUGCGGCCAUAAAAAGGAAUGAGAUCAUGUCCUUUUCAGGGACAAGGUUAAGGUGCAAAGCAAUUAUCCUCAGCAAAUGAACACAGGAACAAAAAAAUCAAACGUCACAUGUUCUCACUUUUAAGUGGGAGCCGAACAGUGAGAACACAUAGACACAAAGAGGCGAACAACACAUACUGUGGCCUGUCAGGGAAGGGCAGUGAGAGGGAGAGCAUCAGGAUAAAUAGCUAAUGCAUGUGGGGCUUUAUACCUAGGUGAUGGGUUGAUAGAUGCAGCAAACCACCAUGGCACACAUUUCCCUGCAUAGCAAACCUGCACGUCCUGCAUAUGUAUCC